AUGAGAAUUGUUUGUUAUUAUGCAAAUUGGUCUCUUUAUCGUCUUCCAAAUACUCCUAUACUAUAUCCGGAUGCCAUUCAUCCAUCGCUUUGUACACAUAUUCAUGUUGCUUUUGCAUUGAUCAAUCCCACUACAUUUAAAAUUGAACCAAGUGAAAAACAUGAUACACAUCAUACAGAUAUAUUUGGCACGCCGUUGUAUCAUAGAUUACUUAAAUUAAAACAGCAGAAAUCUUCAUUGAAAUUAUUAAUAGCCGUAGGAGGAUGGACAGCAGGUAGUGAAGCAUUUAAUAAUAUUUUAACAAAUUCUACAACGCGUACAACAUUUAUUCAACGAACAAAAGAUUUUUUACAUGAAUGGGAUUUUGAUGGAAUUGAUUUAGAUUGGGAAUUUCCAGGUGAUAUAGAACGAGGUGCUAUGAAUAAUUCUCGUGAACAAUUUAAUAUUUUAAUAAAAGAAAUGCAUGAAUCAUUUCAUAAUGAUAGUAAAUCUUUUCUUUUAACUGCUGCUGUUUCAGCUGAUCCAAUAAAAAUUGAUAAUGGUUAUGUAGUACCUGAUUUUUGCCAUUAUCUUGAUUAUGUUAGUGUUAUGACAUACGAUUAUUAUGGUGCUUGGGAUAAUGUCACUGGUAUUAAUGCACCACUUUAUGGAAAAAAUUAUAUUGAUGAAGAUGAUGAUAGACAUUGGAAGAAUGUCAAUCAUUCAAUUCAUUAUUGGAUGUCUAAUGGUUGUUCAGCAGAGAAACUUAAUUUAGGUUUAGCACUUUAUGGUCGAAGUUUUACAUUAAUGAAUAAUUCAAAUUCAAUUUCAAUCGGUACAGAAACCAUUGGUAGUGGUUUAGCUGGACCAUUUACAAAAGAAAAUGGUACACUAGCAUAUUUUGAGAUUUGUCAAAAAUUACGAGUAUUUAAUUGGACACGUGUUUUUGAUACGGAUGCUCAAGCUCCUUAUGCUUAUAGUUCAUCUUCUAAUCCUUCGGAAAAACAAUGGAUUGGAUAUGAUGAUUUGAAAAGUAUCACUGUUAAAGUUUUAUAUGCUAAAACAUUAAAUUUAGGUGGAACAAUGUUAUGGUCUAUUGAUCAAGAUGAUUAUACAGGUUUAUUUUGUAAUCAAGGAGAAUUUCCAUUCACAUAUCGUGUUCGUGAUAUUCUUCUCUCAUCGAAUACAUACGAUGAACAGGAUACUUUUACUACAACAAAAGUAACAAAAUUACGAACAACACAAAAGUUUACUUUUGUUCCAAUUCGACGAAAUACAACACAAAAACACAAAGUAACAUCAACAUUUACUAAUGAGAGUGUUAAGAAUAGUGAAAUUUUUUAUUCAUUAUUUAUUGUUUUAUUAAUAAUUAUGACGAGAUAA